AUGGAUGACGAUGACUUUGGAGGAUUUGAGGCAGCAGAGAGUUAUGAGUUUGGAAGUGGUGAAAAGCAGAGUACAUCCCCUGCUAUUGCUUGGGCAGCAUUCCCUACAGUAUCUGAAGUCCAUAUAUCUCCUGACGUUCUUCUGGAAUACUCUGUGCCAUCUUCCUGCCUGGUUCUUUCUGACUCAUUCAGUUUAUCAAGUGAUAACGUGGCAACAACUAUUCAAACAGCCACCAAUGUUGCAAACCCUGCUGUUCCUGAAGAACUGAUUCAAGCAGAUAUUCCAGUUGCCUCUUUGAAUGUAAUUGAAGACAAAACUUUAGUUACAUCAACCAUUGCUUUGGUUGAUGCUGAGACACAGAGAACAAAUGAACCAAAGAGCUACCUUCAACAAGCUGUUGCAAACCUAGAAAUCAAGCUUUGCACUGCUGAAGAAGAAAAAUUAAAAAUGAAAAAGGAAUUAGAACAUUUAUUGGAAAAACACAGUAUUCUAGAAAUGGAUUUCUUGAAGGAAAAAAAAGAAAAAGUAAUUUUGCAUCAAGAUCACUACAAGACACUCCAG